AUGGAGGAGCUUCACUGUGGGAGCUCAUCCAGCCCCAUGGAAUGUUUCUUAUACGUCCCACCCAACAGAGAAGAGAUUCCUCAGGUCAAGUCCUUACAGCCAAAGAAUGCCCAGAAAUUAAAGCAACCAUCAGUCUUUGUACAAACAAACAGUGAUGAAUUCAACUAUUGCAACCCAAAUUCCAACAAUAAAGAAGCUACGACUCCCGCUCCCCAGCCGGCACCGCUGGGUUCAGAGCAGGCGCCCGUAGCGCGGCCCGACGCUCUGCGAAAGAGGCUCUGCCCCGGGGAAACGAGCCCUCCCGCCGAAAGCGUCCCGGGGCAUCCUGCACUAAAGCCCCCCCAUGUCCGCGUCCGUGCCCGCGCCCGACCCCGGCGGCGACCCCGGCCAGCGGCAGCGUUCCCCGAGCGCCCAGGUGGCGGCGAGCCCCGCACCGCCCUCCGCGCCCCGCACCCGCGCAUCCCGCCCCGCACCCCGCGCAUCCCGCGCGGCACUCCGCACCCCGCCCUGCACCCCCCUCCCCGCCCGGCUCCGGCGCUCCCCGCCGGGAGCAAACACCCGGCCACGCACCGGCUUUCCGUGCGGCUCCUCCGUGCUUUCCCGGCUGCCUUUCGGCUCCUAGUGCAUCCCGGCACCUUUCUCGGCCCGAGGAAGGGCUGGCGCAGCCCGGCCGGCCCCGCCCGGCGGAGGGGCCCGGGGAGCGCCCCCGGGGCUGGGCGAGCCGCCUCUCCCCGCGCAACUCCACGACCAUCGCCCAUCACCGCGGCUCAUCCCUACCCCAGCUGGCGUCUGUCGCUGAGGGAUUCCGGCACAGCCCCGGCGCGGCUCUCCCCGGGGCCUCGCUCCUUAAGCCGGCGGCCAUUCACCUGCCAACACUUCGGAUUCCCGCAACACACACACGCCAGCGCCGGGGGAUGCUGCUCCGGCCGGGGACGGCUAACCCCGCCAGCCCCUCGCCCUCUUCCUCGGGGGAGGAAGCCCCCGGAUCCCCGCGGGAAUCCCCCUUCCUCUCCCACCCCAGGGACGCUGGCGUCCCCCCCGCCCCGGGGAGCCGAAGGAGCGGACCCCACCCGGCAAGCGGUGCGGGGCGGUGCGGAGACGUGCGGGGCUCUGCGGGCGGGCGGCAGCUCGCCCGGCCCCGGAGCCAAGGGAGAAGUUGCCGGCGGCGGGGAGGGCUGGCCCCGUCCCCCCGGAGCGGAGGGAGACCCCGCUUCCCUCCCGGCCAGCGAAACCCCCCGUGACGGCAUCCACCCUCCGCCGCUCAGUGGCAGCGGCGGCCACACGCGCCGGCCCGGCCGCGCCGUUCACAGCCGAGGAAGACAACGCCCCCCCGGCCCGGUCCCCGCCCGCCGGCCGGCCCGGCCCGGCCCCCCGCCCUGGCGGAGCGGUGCCCGCCAGGAGCCCCGCGGCUCGGUGCCCCCGGGCGCCGGCGGGAGCGGCGCGGCUGCCCGCGCUUACCGGGCGGGGCGGGGCGGGGCGGGGCGGGGCGGGGCCGCACUUGUAGCUGUUCUUGGUGCUGAAGCCGGCGGCACCUCCCGGCACGGCACCCCCGGCACGGCACCCCCCGGCACGGCCCCCCCGGCACGGCCCCCCCCGGCACGGCACCCCCGGCACGGCACCCCCGGCACGGCCCCCCCCGGCACGGCCCCCCCGGCACGGCCCCCCCCGGCACGGCCCCCCCCGGCACGGCACCCCCGGCACGGCACCCCCGGCACGGCCCCCCCCCGGCACGGCACCCCCGGCACGGCACCCCCGGCACGGCGCCCCCGGCACGGCACCCCCGGCACGGCCCCCCCCGGCACGGCACCCCCGGCACGGCACCCCCCGGCACGGCACCCCCCGGCACGGCACCCCCCGGCACGGCCCCCCCCCGGCACGGCACCCCCGGCACGGCCCCCCCGGCACGGCCCCCCCCGGCACGGCCCCCCCGGCACGGCCCCCCCCGGCACGGCCCCCCCGGCACGGCCCCCCCGGCACGGCACCCCCGGCACGGCACCCCCCGGCACGGCACCCCCCGGCACGGCCCCCCCCGGCACGGCACCCCCGGCACGGCCCCCCCGGCACGGCCCCCCCCGGCACGGCCCCCCCGGCACGGCCCCCCCCGGCACGGCCCCCCCGGCACGGCACCCCCGGCACGGCACCCCCGGCACGGCGCCCCCGGCACGGCCCCCCCGGCACGGCACCCCCGGCACGGCACCCCCGGCACGGCCCCCCCCGGCACGGCACCCCCGGCACGGCACCCCCCGGCACGGCCCCCCCCGGCACGGCACCCCCCGGCACGGCUCCAUGCGAAUCCCCGGCCGGCCGCGGGCGGCGGCUCCGGGCCCCCCUCGCCUCGCCGGGGCACGGAUCCGCCCGCCCCCACGGCCCCGCUCCGCCCGGGGAGCGGCGCCGGACACGCGUUUGCCCCGGGAUUUCUGA